GCCCCCCGGAGGCUUGCGUUUGGUUGUGUUGCCGCCGGGGAAGGAGACGCUGCCCUUCCGCGGCGAUGGUGUCCCGGCUCUGCGGAGGGACCUUCUGGUAUGUGUGCCCCUGUCCUGCUGGGAUGUGCAUGGUGCUCAGGACCCAGUCAGCAACCAGUUGAAGACAUUCCCUGAGGGCUUCUGCCUGGGCUGCUGGACCUAUCAUGGCCUUCCGCCGGACUGAGGGCAUGCCCAUGAUCCAGGCCUUGGCCAUGACAGUGGCAGAGAUCCCUGUGUUCCUGUACACAACAUUUGGGCAGUCUGCAUUCUCACAACUGCGGUUGACGCCAGGCCUGCGGAAGGUCCUGUUUGCCACGGCCCUGGGGACCGUGGCCCUGGCCCUGGCUGCCCACCAGCUGAAGAGGCGCCGGCGGAAGAAGAAGCAGGUGGGCCCUGAGGUAGGAGGUGAGCAGCUGGGCACCAUACCUUUGCCCAUCCUCAUGGCCCGCAAGGUCCCAUCGGUGAAGAAAGGCUACUCCAGCCGGAGGGUACAGAGCCCUAGUAGCAAGAGCAAUGACACUCUCAGCGGCAUUUCCUCCAUCGAACCCAGCAAGCACUCAGGCUCCUCCCACAGCUUGGCCUCGAUGGUGGUGGUGAACUCAUCCAGCCCCACAGCUGCAUGCUCAGGCCCAUGGGAAGCCAGAGGGAUGGAGGAGUCUGUGCCCACCACUGACGGCAGUGCUGAGAGCCUCUAUGUGCAAGGCAUGGAGCUCUUUGAGGAAGCCCUGCAGAAGUGGGAGCAGGCACUGACUGUGGGCCAGAGGGGGGAUGGCAUCAGCACCCCCACACCAGGGGAUAACCUCCGGAAUCUGGAGACCUCAUCAGAGGUGCUGUCAGAGCCAGAGUCGCAGCGGAGGGAGUUUGCUGAGAAGCUGGAGUCCCUGCUGCACCGAGCCUACCACCUGCAAGAGGAGUUUGGCUCCACCUUCCCCUCUGACAGCAUGUUGCUGGACCUUGAGAGGACCCUCAUGCUGCCCCUGGCUGAGGGCUCGCUACGGCUACGGGCUGACGACGAGGAUAGUCUGACCUCUGAAGACUCCUUCUUUUCAGCCACUGAGCUCUUUGAGACCCUGCAGGUUGGAGAUUACACACUCCCCCUCUCCAGGCCCGCCGCAGCCUAUGAGGAGGCCCUGCAGCUGGUGAAGGAGGGGAAGGUGCCCUGCCGCACCCUCAGGACAGAGUUGCUGGGAUGCUACAGUGACCAGGACUUCCUAGCCAAGCUGCAUUGUGUACGGCUGGCCUUCGAGGGACUUUUGGAAGACAGAAACAAUCAGCUCUUCUUUGGGGAGGUUGGCCGACAGAUGGUGACAGGCCUGAUGACCAAGGCCGAGAAGAGCCCCAAAGGCUUUCAGGAGAGCUAUGAAGAGAUGUUGAGCUAUGCCUUGCGGCCUGAGACAUGGGCCACCACCCGGCUGGAGCUGGAAGGCCGCGGGGUGGCAUGCAUGAGCUUCUUCGACAUUGUGCUUGACUUCAUCCUCAUGGAUGCCUUCGAGGACCUGGAGAAUCCCCCGUCCUCGGUGCUCGCUGUUCUGCGGAACCGCUGGUUGUCUGAUAGCUUCAAGGAGACCGCCCUGGCCACUGCAUGCUGGUCUGUCCUGAAAGCCAAGAGGAGGCUCUUGAUGGUGCCCGAUGGCUUCAUCUCCCAUUUCUACUCCGUAUCGGAGCAUGUUAGCCCUGUGCUGGCCUUCGGCUUCCUUGGACCCAAGCCCCAGCUUGCCGAAGUCUGUGCUUUCUUCAAGCACCAGAUUGUGCAGUACCUGAGGGACAUGUUUGACCUGGACAAUGUGCGCUACACGUCGGUGCCUGCACUGGCAGAGGACAUCCUGCAACUGUCCCGGCGCCGCAGCGAGAUCCUGCUGGGCUACCUGGGGGUACCAGUGGCCAGCAGCAUGGGGCUGAAUGGGGUGCUGCCCCGAGAGAAUGGACCCAUAGCAGAGCUGUAGCAGUGGCAAGCACAGGCUGGAGGGGAGAAGCAGCUGCCUGGGCCUCGCUCGUGCAGCAGUGGUGAUGGCAGAGUGAAAGGCUGCCCCUCCUUCCCUCUGGGUUGGCAUCCAACAGCCAUGGUGGCUGAGGGCCAUUGCCUCCCUCAUCUGGUGGUUCUAAGAGUCAGAGGACACAUUUCUGCAGAGAGGUCUGGAGCCACUAGGGGCCUACUCAGCUGUCCUGGGGUGUCCCUGGGAAGGUAGAGGCAGGACCAGGGUCAGCAGGGCCUGACGAGGGGAAGGUAAUGAGAGAGGAAAGCCUGUGGAAGUGGGACAGGGAGAGUCAGGGUGCUCAGUAUGGGACCACAGAACCUCCAGCCUCCCCUGGACUGGAGACAGGGUGGCUUCGGAAGUGGAAGUGAAGGAUGGGUUGGGCAAAGCUGUGUGGUGAAGGUUGCGGGGUCCUGAGCUAGAAGCAGCCCAAAGCUGUGUCCUCAGGCAUCUGGCUGUUAGGCAGUCUGGAAGGCUCUUCAGGGGUGGGAUGGAGGUAAGCCUGUUCCCGCUGUGCUCAUUUCUGGACAAACCCAAUCACCAAUCCUGGACGCUGUCCUCCAGCAUUCCCAUGCCCUGCCAAAGACUCCUUUUUUCUCCCACCUCUGCCACCACCAAAGAUGAAGGAGGUGGGCUGAGUGCUUUUCCCCCUCCCUCAUGAGCCCACAAUCCCCCGGGUGGUGCUAGGCUUCUGCUGAGGGCUCGGACCAGGGCCCACAGAGGACCCUCAUAUCUGCUGCUUCUGGUGGUCCCAGUGGGGAGGGCCUAGGGACCAUGGCAGGGGAGGGUAGAGGAUGUGCAGCUGGCCUGGUUUCCCCAACCUCAUUUGGACAAGAGGCUGGGCUCCGCACUUUGCCUUCAAUUCCACGCACAACAGCUCUGGGGUCACCGGUACAGAGUCUGCUGGGGGCUCCUCCUGCCCUCCUGCAAGGGAUGGUACCACAUCCACGCAGUUGCAGGGAUCCUGCCAGCCCUGCAGACUUUGCCAGUGUUUUUUUCCCUGAGCUGGGGAGUUUCAUUUAUUGCCUUAACACUUUAUUUGGAGGUUCUGCCCCUUCCACAUUGUGAGAUCUAUUUGAGGAAAGACUCCUGUCCCCCUGGACUUGAGCAAUGGCUCCUGAGACUCAGUGAGGAGAGGGAGAUGGGGAUGGGAGCAGGUGCUGCUGGGCAUGGGUCUGGUUCCAAGUCCACCUUUCUGAAGUGAUGCCCAGGAGGGAGCAGCCAUCACCAUCACCCCCACCCUGACAUUCCAUUCUUUUGCACUUACUUACCCACGCUGUGAAUGUAACCCUGGGCCAAGGCCCACUGAUUUGCUCCUAAGUCACACGGAAGUUGCAUUUUCGUUUUGUCUUGUUUACAUGUCUACGCACUGCCUCCAACGCUUGGUCUGUUGCAGCUCCCAAGUUCCGUACAGUAGAGCGUACACCUCAACUGCAAGUCCAAUAAACUACUGAAACGGC